AUGCCUCUCUCUCACAACACACUCCGCAGCAUCCAGGCCCCCAUCUUCCCUCUCCUGCCGGAGCAGCCUGUUCCUUCAUACCCUCCGGUCUUGCCUGCUGGCACUAUCAUGCUGGGACCUAAGGUCCCCGGCACGAGAUGUCCAACCUGUGCUCUAGAUGGCAAGGAGGUUUGGGUUAUCC